AUGCCCCUUAUCUCUAAGGAGUACGCCAUCCUUCCCAUCCAAUAUUACCAGCGACUAUCAGAACCACAUACCCCCGUAUACGCUAUUUUCCACGUCGUCGACGAGCUUCCCCCACACAUGAUAAUUGGCACCGACAUCAUGAGAGAAAUGAACAUAACGAUUGCCCUAGGACAUCCGGAUACCCUCAAAUUCUCCGCUGAUAACACUGAAAUUACCAUACCGUUGACGCGAUCGAAUUCACCAAGGACAUCAAUGUCACCCCCUUGUCGUAGACGCAUCCCAGUCCGCGUAGCCACAUCUACAAUUAUUCCCCCAACACGCGAAUUAAUCGUACCAGUCACCCACCCACCACUCCCCGCUACGGACUCUUACAGACUGUAUUUCGAACCCCUACAUCUCCAUCGGCCAGGUUCCCAUAUCUCCGCUGCAAAAGGAUUGUCGACAGAUGUACAAAUUUCAGCCCUACCCAUCGCGAACCUUGGUGCCACUGAUACCAAGCUUCCCGCUGACAUGAUAGUCGGCCACAUCACCUUGUUACCACACGAUACUCCGGUCGCGACAUUUCACACCCAAUCUCCCCAAAUCCAAAAUCGUCCCCAAACUCCACAAGAUAACGCAGAGCCCCCCAACCUACCAUUCCAAUUGAACUACGAGGAAGAUACCCCCAACUUCUCCCCCGAUGUCUCAGAGCACUAUGGUAAAGAAUACAAAAAGAAAGUCCUUAAAAUUCUCUCCAGCCUACGCGCGCUGUUCUCCCCGAAGCUAGGCAAGGUCAAAGGCUUCGAAAUGCCAAUUCCGUUUGUCGAUGAAAAUGAUCUCAAAGGUCUGAAACAAAAUCCAUUCAACAUUUCCCUACGUGAUAAAGAAGCUAUGGACCCGAUCCUCGAUGAACUCCAACAAGCAGGUCGCAUUGAAAAUGUCCCCUUUCAAAAUCCAUCCCCCGCAGCGUCCCCCGCCUUCAUAGUUUGGCGAAACGGAAAACCCAGAGUCGUAAUCGACCUCCGCAGGAUUAACACAAGGCUACGUCCAAAUGCCUAUCCUCUCCCUAGACAAGAUACCAUUCUAUCCUCCCUUGGCGAUGCAGUCGUAUUCUCCACCCUCGAUAUCACUAAAGGAUUUUACCAAGUCCCCAUACGCACCAAGGACAGGUGGAAAACUGCCUUCGUAACUCCGCAUCGAGGCCAUCAACAAUUAACUGUAUCAAGUAUGGGCCUAGCAUCUAGUCCAGGUUUUUUCCAAAACAUGAUGGAGACAAUUCUUCGCAAAUUCUUAUGGUCCAGCCUUCUCGUCUACAUCGAUGACAUAGUGAUAUUUUCCAAGUCACUGAAUCAACACCUCUCGGACCUGCAAGCAAUUCUCUCAUGCCUGGAGGCAUCUGGCCUAACCCUCUCCAUCAAGAAGUGUCAUUUUGCCUACUCAUCAGUAUCCCUUCUAGGCCACAAAGUAUCCCGUCUAGGACUUUCAACACAUGAAUCUAAAGUUGAAGCCAUCAGGAAAUUGUCCUUCCCCAAAACUCUUCAUCAAUUGGAGACCUCCUUAGGGUUAUUUGGGUAUUACCGAGAGUUUGUCGCGCAUUACGCUCACAAGGUAGAGCCAUUGCAGAUCUGGAAGACUCAAGGAUUCCACCAGGCACCUUUCAAGGGAAAUCCCAGAAAAAAAUGGGCUAAGAAGGAGAUCGCCUCAACAGAAGAAUUGCAGCAAUGUUGGCAAAAAAUCAAGAAUGAGUUAUGUGAUUCCCCCAUUCUCAAGUUUCCCAAUUUCUACAAGGAAUUCAUCGCCUACGUAGAUGGAAGCAAAGAUGGUAUGGGAGCAGCAAUUCAUCAGAAGGAUAAUGAUGGCAGGGAACGUUCUGUUCUCUUUCUCUCCCGGACGUUAAAGGGCAGCGAGAAAAAUUACGGCUCAACUGAAUUGGAGACAGCAGCCUUGGUAUGGGCCGCGGGUCCGGGUCUCUAUAUCUGGUAG